AUGGACAAAAGUUGGAUGACAAAGAAUAAAUGGUCGGAGGAGUAUGUGAGGGGGGUUAAUGACUUUUUGGAGUUCGCAUUUAACAACGAAACUCAUAAUGGGAAAAUUCGUUGCCCGUGUACGAGGUGUGCCAAUGGCACCUCGUGGGUACGGGGUAUGGUACACGCACAUUUGAUAAAUUAUGGAAUUUGUCAAGGUUACACUUGUUGGUAUGCUCACGGAGAACAGCUUGGAACUACUUCUAGUCAUCAGGCUACUAACACCCCCUUUCAUAGGGAGCCAAUACAUGACGGUUCGAGUGGGAUGCUUGACAUGUUGCAUGAGGUUUUUCCUAUUGUGACGGAUCCUAAUAUGAGUCAAUGCCCUAUAUCUGAAAUGGGUGGGGAAGCUGAAGGAGUACACGAAGAUCGACAAGGUACUAGUCAAUGCCCUAUAUCCGAAAUGGGUGGGGAAGCUGAAGGAGUACACGAAGAUCGACAAGGUACUAGUCAGGGUACUGAAAAGUUUUAUGAAUUCCUCAAUGAUGCUAAGAAGCCACUAUAUGAAGGGUGCACAGAAUAUACUAAGUUUACUGCUAUUGUAGACUUGUAUAAUUUAAAGUGUAUGUCUGGGUGGAGUAAUAACUCAUUCACACUGUUGCUUGAAAAGUUGAGUAAAAUGCUUCCACCAGAUGCGUCGUUGCCCAAUAACACAUAUCAAGUUAAAAAGUACAUGAAGGAGUUGGGGCUUGGAUAUGAGAAGAUUCCGGUCUGUCGUAAUGGUUGUAUGUUAUUCUGGAAAGACAACGAGAAUCUGGAAAAUUGUACAGUGUGUGGAAAAUCGAAGUGGAAGGAUAUUAUGAAUGUGGCUGAGUCAUCUAAAAAAUCGAAGAGAAAACCGAAGAAGAUUUUGAGGUGGUUUCCUUUGAAAUCAAGAUUGCAGAGGCUAUUCAUGUCAUCAAAAACCGCUUCAGAUAUGAAGUGGCAUGCAGAGAAUCGCACGAAUGAUGGAGUACUAAGGCAUCCAGCCGAUGCCUUAGCUUGGAAGGCAUUUGAUUCACAGUACCCCGAUUUUGCUUCUGACUCGCGCAAUGUCAGACUUGGAUUAGCAUCAGAUGGUUUUAAUCCCUAA